UCAUUCAUACUAAUUCACAAGGAAGGGAAAAUAAAAAGAAACAUAAGUAUAAUAGAAAUCAAUCUUUUGGAGUUCUUGAUCUUCAAAAAAAUGGACAAGUUUGUUAAAACUGUCCUCUUUUCAUGUUUAUUGAUCUCUCUCUUUGCUUCUUCAUCUUACGCUCAGAAUUGCUCUGAGUACAGAUUUUCCAACAACAACUUGUACACAACAUGCAAUAGUCUUCCUGUCCUGAACUCAUCUCUACACUGGAGCUACCACCAAUCUAACCACUCAGUCGAUAUCGCCUAUCGACAUACCGGAGUCACCUCGUCCGACUGGGUCGCCUGGUCACUCAAUCUGGGCUCGGGACGAAUGUUAGGCGCGCAGGCUUUGGUCGCUUUUCGGAACUCCAGUGGUAUUGUUCGUGCAUAUACCGCACCGGUUGAGGACUACAACACGCAGUUGCGAGAAGGGCGAUUGAGUUUUAAUGUUUCUAAUAUAUCUGCUGAAUUCAACAACAAUCAGAUGGUGAUAUAUGCUACUAUUGAACUUCCUAGGGGAAGAACAAAUUUUACUCAGGUUUGGCAAAAUGGACGGGUUUCUGGGGACACCCCUGCGAUACAUGCCACAACUGGAGAUAAUAUUAGGUCUUUUGGAACUAUUGAUUUUGUUUCUGGAUUGACUUCGGAUACUGGCAGGGACGGUGGUGGUGACGGUGGCAGGGACGGUGGAGGUUCGCCACAGAGUUGCUCUGAGUACAGAUUUUCCAACAACUUGUACAGCUCAUGCAAUAAUCUUCCAGUCCUGAACUCAUUCCUACACUGGAGCUACCACCAAUCUAACCACUCAAUCGAUAUCGCCUAUCGACAUACCGGAAUCACCUCGUCCGCCUGGGUCGCCUGGUCACUCAAUCUGGGCUCGGGACGAAUGUUAGGCGCGCAGUCUUUGGUUGCUUUUCGGAACUCCAGCGGUCUUGUUCGUGCAUAUACCGCACCGGUUGAGGACUACAACACGCAGUUGCGAGAAGGGCCAUUGAGUUUUAAUGUUCCUAGAAUUUCUGCUGAAUUCACCAACAAUCAGAUGGUGAUAUAUGCUAGUAUUGAGCUUCCUAGAGGAAGAACAAGUUUUACUCAGGUUUGGCAAAAUGGACCGGUUUCUGGUGACGCCCCUCGGAUCCAUGCUACAACUGGAGAUAACGUUAGGUCUUCUGGAACAAUUGAUUUUGUUUCUGGAAUGACGUCGGAUACUGGCGGGGCCGGUGGAGGUUCGCAACAACGAAAGAGAAAUGUUCACGGUGUGUUAAAUGUUGUGAGUUGGGGUAUUUUGAUGCCAGUGGGUGCUAUGGCAGCAAGGUAUUUGAAGGUGUUCAAAGCAGCCAAUCCAGCCUGGUUUUACUUACACAUUGCUUGUCAAGUUUCUGGCUACGCAGUCGGUGUGGCCGGCUGGGGCACUGGCCUCAAACUCGGAAGUGAUUCUCCUGGAAUCCGACACGACACUCACAGGAACAUUGGCAUUACAAUGUUUGCCCUCGCAACACUUCAGGUUUUCGCCUUGCUCUUGAGGCCAAAGCCAGACCAUAAAUUCAGAUUCUACUGGAACAUCUACCAUUACGCCGUUGGAUACACCGUGAUAAUAUUGAGCAUAGUAAACAUCUUCGAGGGAUUCGACAUAUUGGAUCCCGAGAAGAAAUGGAAAAGGGCAUACAUUGGUGUGCUUAUAUUCCUUGGAGCCACUUCAGCUCUUUUGGAAGCCUUCACGUGGUAUGUUGUGCUCAAGAGGAAACGGGAAAACGAUGCGGAUAAGUUUGCGCACGCCGGUAACGGAACGAAUGGAUACAGUGGCAGAUCCCCGCGGGCAGUGUAGACACUUGCAGAGGAAUUUUGGGAUUUUAAUUUUAUUUGUUGAGGCAGAUAUAUUAUUUUUCUUAUGAUUCUUUUCUAGUUUAAUUUAGUUACCUGUACAAUAAUGAGAUUAUGUAUUGUAUUGCUAUUUGAGACAUUGAUGUGUAAAAUUUUCUUGUUUGUAUGUUAAUAUUACACCCUCAUUAUUGUA